CUGGAGAGUCCCGAGACGCCGAACCUUGGCUCCGCCCACCGUCCGAGGCCCCGCCCCAGGCGCCCCGCCCAGCGGUUUGAAGCGGCACGGGCUGCGGCCGCCUCAGAGUCGCGCGCGGGGCGUGGGGCAGUGCUGAGGAGACUCGGUCGCGGCAGCUCGACGCCGGACUGUCCAGCGAGCGCAGCGCGGCGAGAGCCCGCAGCCAGAGCAGCCCCAGAGCAAAAGCAGCAGUCGCCGCCGUCCGCGGAGCCCAGCCCAGCCGAGCCGGCCAUGGCGUUGUCGAUGCCACUGAACGGGCUGAAGGAGGAGGACAAAGAGCCCCUCAUCGAGCUCUUCGUCAAGGCUGGCAGUGAUGGUGAAAGCAUAGGAAACUGCCCCUUUUCCCAGAGGCUCUUCAUGAUUCUUUGGCUCAAAGGAGUUGUAUUUAGUGUUACCACCGUUGACCUGAAAAGGAAGCCUGCAGACCUGCAGAACUUGGCUCCUGGGACCCACCCACCAUUUAUAACUUUCAACAAUGAAGUCAAAACGGAUGUAAAUAAGAUUGAGGAAUUUCUUGAAGAAGUUUUAUGCCCUCCCAAGUACUUAAAGCUUUCACCAAAACACCCAGAGUCAAAUACUGCUGGAAUGGACAUCUUUGCCAAAUUCUCUGCAUAUAUCAAGAAUUCAAGGCCAGAGGCUAAUGAAGCCCUGGAGAGGGGUCUCUUGAAAACACUGCAGAAACUGGAUGAAUAUCUGAAUUCUCCACUCCCUGAUGAAAUUGAUGAAAAUAGUAUGGAGGACAUUAAGUUUUCUACACGUAAAUUUCUGGAUGGCAAUGAAAUGACAUUAGCUGAUUGCAACCUGCUGCCCAAACUGCAUAUUGUCAAGGUGGUGGCCAAAAAAUACCGCAACUUUGAUAUUCCAAAAGGAAUGACUGGCAUCUGGAGAUACUUAACUAAUGCAUAUAGUAGGGAUGAGUUCACCAAUACCUGUCCCAGUGAUAAGGAGGUUGAAAUAGCAUAUAGUGAUGUAGCCAAAAGACUCACCAAGUAAAAUAGCACUUAUGACAGAGAUAUCUUCAUGUCUUCCCCUAAGAAUAUGCUUUUCCUAACAGACUGCUUCUCUUCCUAGAGUAGAAAUUAUAUUUUGCAUGAACAUGCAGUUAUUCAAGAUUAGGAUCAAGGAUAGACAAGGUAUAGUAGUUAUCUUAAAAUAUACACUCCUAAGCAGUAUUAUUUUGAAAUCAUUUUACCCUGCCUACCUCCCCCUACCCAUAUCCUCCUAUCCUCUAAUUUGGAGACACUCCAUCACAAUCUUUUCACUUUAGAGGUAGUUUGCCAUCUCUCUGGAGUCCUAACCAUUGUGUCCAUUCACUGUGUAGAGAUGGCAGAACUUUGGAGGUGCAAUGUGUAAUGUUAAAAUAGUAGCCAUGACUUCAUCGGGCAGCCCCAAACUGGUGCGUAAUGCAUGGUACAAGGAAUAUUUAUGUAUUUUUUGAAAUUUUGUAAUAUUUAGUAAGAGUAUAUAAAAGGAUUGCUACUGUAUCAGAAAUAUUCUGUUUCAAUUUAGUCUGUCCUGGAUAUGUACUAAAGAAUAUUACCACCAGAGAAGAGAGCCUUCUACAGAGAUCACUACAGAUUUUGCUAUUUUGCUUUGUAGAUACAUUUUUACUUUUGCCUAAAAGCAUUUAUCCUUCAUACCAAUUGAAACAUCCGAUACUAUGUAGAAGCUAAAAGUUUAGAGGAAGAGAUGGUUUUUUCAAGAUCUUCUGCAAGCAUUUUAUACUUAGAAUCUGAUGGGCAUCUGAGACUCUGUCUUAAUGUGUUUGUUAUAUAUAUUUUGCCCAGUGCCAUUCAUUUGGAACAUUAUUGCUUUCUUCCUUUAUUUUAAAAAGCUCCUUUUUAGGUAAGCAUAGAGCUUGCUACUUGUAGAUCUUUUGAGCAACACUACAUAAACUUAUACUUAGUUGAUUUAGCUAUAGUAGUACAAUGACUAGUAAUGUAAAAAUUAACACAAAUUAACCUAAGGAAUGAAGGGAAGGUUUGUCAAAAUAUGAAGUAAAUUUUUGUUUCUAAAGCAUAUUUAAUGUAGGUGAUCUAAAGAAUGCAUUAUCCUUCCUAUAUUAAAACGAAAUAAAACACAGACUACCAAUUUUCUUAUUUCACCCCAUUUACCGUGCGUAGAGGAUUGUUCACUCCUGUUGGACUAAAUUAUAAUUGUUAUGGUGAGUGAGUAUUUGCUGCAGUUUUGCCUGAUCUCAAUCAUUAUACUUCCUUGAGUUAAAUUUUUCUACAGCCAUGUUGAGGAAUAGGACUCUGCAUGUGUUUUUGUUUUGUUUUGUUUUUUUCUUUUUAAAUCAAAGUCCUAAACAAGAAUUGUUUGUGCUCUAACAAGAGAAGAUGAAGUUGGUGAAAAUAAAAAUUUGCUAUGCAUUUAUUCUUAAAAAGAGCAAAAUGGACUUUCUGAGUACAAAUCUGAAGACUGUGCUUGUGACUAUAAUACAGUUUUUGUAAUUUUUUUAUACCUAACUUGUGUAGAAAGUGCUAUUUCUCAUGAACUAUUUUUUGAAUUUUAAGUAUAUUGCUUUAAAAUGGCAGUGUUUUUCCCCCUUUGAUAUGCUAAUAUUUAGUAAGCACUGGCUUUGUGGAAGCAGCCUGAUUUUUGUAAGCAUACUGCCUUUUUAACCUAUCAGUAAAUUAACUUAGUAUAGAAAGAUAAGAAAAGCUCCAUAUUGUAUCCAUUUGGCUCAGGGAAAUUCCUUUGCCUUACUUUUCUUACAACUCCUGUUGCUGAUCAAAAGUUUGAGUACCUAUCUUUUUAUUAGUUAAAUAUUAGACAAUGAUUUAUCUGGUUCUAGGAAGAAGCACUAUCCAGUUAUUUAUUGAGAAAUUAUAUUGCAGUAGCUUCAUUGGGUGAGUGUCCCAUCUGUAUCAGUACAUAGGCAGGUAUCAUCACUAUUCAUUUACAUUUUAAAUAGUGGCAGCUUGGCAUUCAGGUGAUAUUGAACCUUGCCUUAAGGUAUGAAAAAGAUUCGAGAGAAGGGGAUUUCUGUUCUUUCUAGUGAACGGCGGACUAAGUGGUGCAGAGUAGAGGGCUAACAGAGGAAAGAGCUCCGUUCCUCAAAAUAGAGUGAUGAAAAACCGAUUCUGAAACGCAAAGUAUUUUCACUUUGGAUAUUUAUUCUCUUCAUUGUUUUUUAUGCAUCCAAUGAUUACACCUGGUUCUCUCUGGAUGUCCAAGAAAGGCAGAUAUAUUAUGACUUUGACAAAGGCAGAAUUAUUUUUCUCUGUAUAAAGACAUUUUAUUAUUACUUUAUCAGAGAAGUUAGUCAUAUGAAAUUGAGAUUAGCAGGUGGACAAAAGCUAGUAGAAAGGAUGAUCCUACAACAUUCUUUUACCUUAUUGUUUGUAUGUGGAAAGAUUAUAGCUUAAAAUAUUGAAAGAUUUGGGACAUAAAUGUUUUCAUGGCAGGCAAGUCAUGUAGUGUAUGGAUUAACAUAAUGAAAACAUCUGAUUUUAUUUCUGCAACUAACAAAUCAUUCCCCUUCAUUUAAACACCCUUUAUGUUUUAUUACUUCAAUAAGGAGGUUUGAGUCUGAAUGGAAGGUCUCACUGUUUUCCAAGGGAUUCUGAGAAAUUUUUGUAUUCAACAGUUGGAAAGCUCUCUUCUAUUCCAGUUGAUACAAAUUCCCUUUUCUGAUAUGGAUGCAGAUUUUCUAUACAGUUCUGUUAUCUUUUUUUAGUAGGAUUGUUAACUUUUGUGAAGAAAUUCAAAUAAGAUUUCUUGGUAACCUUGGCUUUCACAAUUUAUUUUUAAACCCUUGAGCAAUCUAUAUAAAAUAAAGAGAUUUCUGACAUUUAUGCUUACACUAAGUGGAUCAACUCUAGAAUAUAGGCAUUUUAACUUCUGUUGGGUUUUGAAUCUUUCCAGAGUUGUAUGUAGAUAGCUUUUUAUUUCUGUGCACUUAAAAAACCCAUUUAGAAAAUACUACAAAGUAAAAAUGAGAGAAAAUAGAAAUGUAUUUUUUCAUGAACAUUUUGAUACACAUUUUAUCAAGUUUAUUGAUUCACCAAUUUCUUACACUGGUUAUAACCAGUAUUGUAAUUCAUAGGGAAGCAUUCAUUAUUGAUAUAUGGACUUUUCUUUACUCCAUCCUUUAUAAAUGAUCAAGGUUCAGGCCACUAAAAUUUUUAUCAUGGAAAAAAAUUUCAAUCCCUCAAGCCAUAAUGUUGAACAGAAUUGGAGUAUUUUCUUUAGAAUUUCUUCAGCAAGCAAAUGAAAGCUUAUUGUAGAAUGCUUGUAUUUUCUUUUCUCUCUGGAACAUCAACACCAGUAUAUUGCUGGCAGCUAUUGUAUUAAAAAAAUAAAGUAUAUUUUCACUAUCAUAAAAGGUUCUUUUUUCCCCCCCCUCAUGAAAAUAAAUAACAACUUUGGGUAAAA